UGUUCGGAGUGUUGGCGUUGAGGGGAUGGGAUGGAUAUGGAGAUAAGUAAAGCCGUGGGUAAGCGUGUGUUGAGUGGAGCACCUUAUCGGGAGUUUGGUGUUGUCUCCAUCUCGCUCCCUCCUCUAUGUAACAAUUCGGUGGUAUACAUUGACGACAGUAUGUGGUAUAGAUGGAUCUCUAUUCUGGGUAAGGUACACUGAGUUAUGCAGAGCUUAUUACCCCUCUCAGCUAGCGCGCGUCUGAGCCGCGGUCCAACACGACGUACGUCGUACGUCGACAGCAUGUAUGGCCCGAGGUAGCGACAGCGACAAUAACCAAGCAACAAUACACUACAACACAACACCACUAUCCAGCCUUCACGCACUCAAUCACCCCAUCUACAACCCCCUCGAAAAGCUCCUCAUCCAUCCCAUCAACCAAUCCUCCCACCGCAACAAUGAGCACCCCCGAAUCCGACGUCCAACUCCACGACUUCGCAAACAUCUUCAGCCUGAAAGGAAAAGUCGCAGUCGUAACAGGCGGCUCGCGCGGUCUAGGUCUCCACGCCGCAUCUGGACUCCUCCAAGCCGGCUGCAGCAAAGUAUUCAUCACCUCCCGCAAAGCCAGCGCAUGCGCCUCCGCCGUCGCAGCCCUAAACGCGCUCCCCAACCUCGCGCCCGACGCGCGCGCAUACUCCAUCCCGGCCGACAGCUCGCGCGUCUCGGAGAUAGAGCGGCUGGUGCGCGAAGUAUCGGCGCAUACGGACCACGUGGAUAUACUAUUUGCCAAUGCGGGCGCGACGUGGGGGAGUCGGUUUGACGAUGUGGACGAGAAGAGCGGGUGGGAUCGCGUUAUGGAUUUGAAUGUCAAGGGUGUGUUUUUUUGUAUACAGAAAUUCGCGCCGCUUCUUGCGGCGGGCGCGACACUCGCGUCCCCCUCGCGCGUCAUUGUUACUGGGUCCGUGGCUGGGAUCGGGACGGGCUCCCUCGGCGACGCGGGCGCGUACUCGUACGCGGCGUCCAAAGCGGCCGUUCUACAUCUCGCGCGUAACCUCGCUGUUGAGCUGGGGCCGCGCCAUAUCCUGGUCAAUGGCAUUGCGCCGGGGUUCUUCAUGAGCAAGAUGGCUGCGGGGCUGAUGGAGCAGUCUGGCGGCGUCGAUGCGCUGGACAAGGCGAAUCCGAACGGUAGAGUGGGACGACCUGAGGAUAUUGCUGCUGCGGUUGUAUUUUUGAGUUCAAGGGCGGGGGGGCAUGUCAAUGGGGAUACGCUUGUGCUUGAUGGGGGGAAGAUUUGGGGGAGUAAUAAACUGGAGAGGUUGUAG